AUGAACCCGUCAAUUGGCCGCGGACAAAAUAUCUUGAUAGCGGACGGUGAGGACUCAACGACUCUACUGCUGUGUAUGGGCGAAGCUCUCUCGAAGUUCGAGAAGGAGGCGACCGACGCCCAAUACGAGAUCUUUCAACUCCUGCUGAGGGAGGUCUGA